AUGUUAAAGUGGAUUCAAGGUGGCAUUUCUGCUGUUACAGGUCUAGCUGAGCCAGAAUACGGUAAGGACUAUAUCCAUACUAUUUCCGACAAAUUAACUGGUAAGCAGCCAUAUCGUGCUACUACCCGUGAUGAUUUCAACUGGUUGAACCCAGACUACACGAAUGUCGAGACUGCUACUUUCUAUUUUAGUGACUUAGACACUGGUAUCGUUGGUUUUGCUCAAAUCAUUCAUUCAUCGAUUAUUGGAUUCCACACGGCUGCUCAAUUUACUUUCAGAAUUUUCGAUUCAAAGAACCCUGAAUCCUUAAAUUUAUGGACAUCUACCAAACUAGAUAAUUUCAGACCAGAAGGUCCAAAUUUCUACGCUGAUAACCUCUCCAUCGAAUUAAGUGAAGAUAAUACUACGUACCAUAUCGUUUCUAACGUCAACGAGCAAUCUACCGUGGAUAUUGAAGUGACCAGAUUGACUCCAGGUGCUAAAGCAGGUGAAGAUCCAACUACUUAUUUUGGUGACAAUAUUGAUGAACCAUGGGGCUCAAUGAGACACACAUUCUGGCCAAGAAAUAAAUGUGUUGGUAAAAUUAAUUUGAAGAAACCAAUUAAAUCUGAAGAAACCGAACAAGAGAUCACUACAGAGGAAAGUACCGAAGAAAGCACUGAGGAAACAGAACCAUCUGUGGCCUACGAAGACCAAGAAAUUGUGUUCACAGAAUCUAAACCCGCUUUUUCUAUGUUUGUUCUCGCCUUCCAAGGUAUGAAGCCACAUCAUGCUGCCAAAGCUUGGAAUUUUGUCUAUAUGCACACCAAAACCCAUUCUGCCGUCCUAAUGGAAUACAUCACACCAAAAUCUUAUGCAAACACUAAGGUCUCCGUCGGUAUCAUCACGUCAGAUGAUGAUGUUCUUACCCUAUCUACUACAAAUAACUAUGAACAUCUAAACACUGAAGUCGAUGAAAUUGGCUGGAACGUCCCAAAGGACAUCAAGGUCUCAAUCAGCGGUGUCAGUUCAAAAUUAUCUGAUGAAGAAAUAGCUGAAAAGGGAAGCGAAGGCGAAAAAGUUGUUGCAGUCAUCGAAGCUCCUUUAAAGAACUUAGUAGAAAGAGUCGAUGUUAUGGGCGAAUUGCCAGGUUUUGUUAAGAAUAUCGUUUCAGGUGUUGCAGGUACAAAACCUUUCAUUUAUCAAUAUGCUAGUGACGAUUUCUGCAUGCAAGUCAACAAUGGCGAAAAAGAACAAGGUCUAGGUUGGGCAGAAGUUACUUUCAUUUCUCAAUCCGAUGUUGAACCACAACAAGACAAUUAG